AUGAUUGAAAGAAAAGAUAAAUUUUAUAGAGAAUUUUUAGAAAAUAAUUUAUUUUAUGCAUCAUUUGUAAUAGGAUAUGAUGGUAGUUCAAUAGCAUAUAAUAAAUCACCACAAAUUGGAGAAAGUGAUGCAAUUAUAAAAGGUUUUAAAAAUAUUAAAAAAUGGAAAAUUAUAAAAAUAAUUGGUGAAGAAUUUUUAAUUUAUAAUAUCGAUAAUAAUAAAGUAUAUGCACAAAACGAAAAACAUGGUUGUAUUUUAAUUAAAACAAAUAAAGCAUACAUUAUUGGAAUUUAUCCAAAAAAACAAGAAGUUUCACCAAGAUCAGUUUAUUUAGAAAAAUUUUGUAAACAAUAUGAUGAAGAAGAUAUUAUUAAAAUAAAUGAAAAAGAAAAAUUUGUUUUUUAA